UCAAAGAGCAUGGUUGAGCGAGUAUUUGUGCAGUAGAACAGAGGGAAAGAAGGCAAUAGCUACCUAACGAACCAACGACCUAGCACAGCGUCUUGUGAGAUCGAAAUCCCUAACCAUGUUGCGGAGACUCUUCUCUUCUCCUCACCUCAAAAUCAAAACCCUACGCACAGCACUCUCUCCUUCCAAUCCCCGAUUCGCCGCCCCUCUCCUCACUCGCCAUGUCACCGCUCAACCAGAUGCUUCAUUCAAAAAGAGGGUCGAAGAUAUCGUUCCAAUUGCUACCGGCCACGAGCGCGAGGAGAUUCAAGCCGAUCUUGAGGGAAGGGAUAUUCUUGAAAUUAACCAUCCUGAAGGUCCUUUCGGCACAAAGGAAGCACCUGCUGUUGUUAAAUCAUACUUUGACAGGAGGAUAGUUGGAUGCCCAGGAGGCGAAGGCGAAGACGAGCAUGAUGUUGUCUGGUUUUGGCUGGAGAAAGGCAAGUCUUUUGAAUGUCCAGUGUGCUCACAGUAUUUUGAGCUGGAAGUGGUCGGACCUGGCGGUGAUCCUUAUGGACAUGGCGAUCACCAUUGAUUGCAUCUUGCAAUUUUCUUUCAGAAAUAAAAUUUGCAGCGAGAAGAGACAUUUGCACCAUUCAAAAUCAUGAGGCCUUGUUUUGUUAGGAUUUGAUUGGUAAAACUAUACCCCGCAGUUUUGCGAAUUUAGAUAUAGAAAGUUUCUAUAAUUAUUUUUUUGACAAACACUGGUCAUUCGAUUGAGCUAUCAAAUCCUGUUAGGAAGCUUUUUUGGCUCUGCCAAAUAAUUGAUAGCAACACUGAUUAAUUCUUGAACAUGUAGAACCUACAACUAUUUUAAGCGCCUAAACCAUAAAAGAGAGACUACAAUUUAAUCGAAUUGAAGAAUCAUUUUGCAUUGCA